AUGGUAUAUGAUCAUAUUAUCGAGGGAGAUUUUCAUCCCGGAUUAUGCACUUUUCACUACAUCAGAGGGCGACAAAGUGAUGUACACUAUAAAUACCUCAUUGCCUACAACCCGGACAAUCUUCUCCACUUCAAAUUCAUCGGGAGGGUGAUUGCAAAAGCAAUCUAUGACAACAAACUACUCGAGUGCUACUUUACUCGUUCCUUCUACAAGCAUAUUUUGGAUAUUCCGAUCAAGUACACAGAUAUGGAAAGUGAGGAUUACACUUUCUACAAAAGUCUCGCCUACUUGAAGAAGAACCAUAUCUCUAGCAUUGGAUAUGAUUUGACAUUCAGUGCAGAGGUGCGAGGAGUUGAAGUGACUGAGGUUAGGGAACUGAAACCAGAUGGACAAAGAACAUACCCGUCACUGAAGAGAACAAGCUCAAGUACAUACAUCUGGUUUGUCAGAUGA